AUGCAUAACUCAUCAGACCGCGAGCAAAUCGACAUAGGACUGCAACCAGACAGCACCAUCAGAGGUAGUGAAGUGUUUCGCCAGCGGCGUCUUAAGCGCAAUUACUAUCGUAUGAGCUCCCAGGACGACGACUUUAAAAUGCUCAACUCUCUACGUGGUGAGCAGCAGCAACUUUUGUGCAAAUAUAAGUCUGGCAAGUGUUCGAAUCCUCGCGCCACAAAGCGCAAUGGUCAGCUGCAUACACUAUGUCAUUUUCACCGGGAUCGCCAGAAUGAGCAUCAGCGCAAGAGCGAUCGCAAGCAUCGCAUGGUCAGUGUUGCGCGACGCGCCAAGCUCGGAAGCGUUGGUGUCAGCAGCGAUAACACGCGCCGACAUUAUUUGCACUCUAUAACGUCGCUUGAAGCCGCCUUUCCUCGCGAGUCCUCCGUUUCACCGCUCAAGCGUUACGAUCAGAACGCGUCGGAUGCUUAUAUGAACGCGCAAUUUGCUCCUACAAAUGUGUCCAACAGCCAAGAUGGAGUGCUGCCACAACCUGCUAGGAUCACGCGAUUACCGCCCAUUAGCUUUCUAAUGCCUGGGAAACUGGAUGGCUAUCGCGCUACUAGCACCGCCACACCCGAUCAGCCGCUUAGCAGCUUCAUUAUCGAUAGCUUGAGCGGCAACGCAGGCAAGACAGCAUGA